UUGGCUCUUAGAGGCAGCUGCUCUCAGAAGCAUUUCCUGGUUGAUAGUAAACGAAAGUGAGACUCCACCUCCUUUGCCUAAGCGCUUCGCCUGCCUCUCAGUAAGCAGCUGCCUGGCUGACAUGGGCCACUGCAGCGACCCAGACAGGAGCAUGUCCUCCAUGCCAGCCCUGGGGGGCCCCAGCGCCGGGCAGACCUGUGUGCUCAUCCUGAUCUUCACGGUGCUGCUGCAGUCCCUCUGUGUGGCCGUGACGUACCUGUACUUCUCCAAUGAGCUGAAGCAGAUGCAGGACAAGUACUCCCAAAGUGGCAUUGCUUGUUUCUUAAAGGAAGAUGACAGCUCUUGGGACUCCAUUGACGAGGAGAACAUCAACAGCCCCUGCUGGCAUGUCAAGUGGCAACUGCGUCAGUUCGUUAGAAAGAUGAUUUUGAGAACCUAUGAGGAAACUAUUGCUUCGGUGGAAGUAAAGCCACAAACUAUGUUGGAAAAGAAUCAAGCUGUUCCUGCCCUAGUAAGGGCAAGUGGCAUUCAGAGAGUAGCAGCACACAUAACUGGGACCAGCCUGAGAGGCCGCAUCACAGUCCCCACUCCAGGCUCCAAGGAUGGAAAGACUUUGGGCCAGAAAAUAAACUCCUGGGAGACAUCAAGGAAAGGGCAUUCAUUUCUGCACAAUUUUCACAUGAGGAAUGGAGAGCUGGUUAUCCAUCAGCCGGGAUUUUAUUACAUCUAUUCCCAGACAUAUUUUCGAUUUCAGGAACUUGAACAAAUUUCAGGAACAGUUUCAAAAGAAGAGAUCAAAAAGAAAAACAAACAAAUGGUACAAUACAUUUACAAAUGGACAAACUACCCUGACCCUAUCCUGCUGAUGAAAAGUGCUAGAAAUAGUUGCUGGUCUAAAGAUUCAGAAUAUGGACUGUAUUCCAUCUAUCAAGGAGGAAUAUUUGAGCUUAAGGAAAAUGACAGAAUUUUUGUCUCUGUGACGCAUGAGCAUCUGGUUGACAUGAACCAAGAAUCCAGUUUUUUCGGGGCCUUUUUGAUUGGCUAGAUGGUCUGCAAAGAAAAACAAUCCACCUUCUCCUUUGUUCUUCAGGAUGAUACACUAUGAAAAUAUUUGCAACGAAGGUUACCUGGAAUGGCAACCAAAGUAGAGCCUCACUCUCUGCAACGCAUCCAGUUGAGUAUCUCUGAAAAGAUCCUUACUCUAAACUCCUCCCAAGGCUCUACCUAAUGCCAUUUUACUAGCAGAACUUUAGAGGAGUCUUAGCUUCCAAACUCAUAUGCAACAAUGGAAGAAUGUGUCAUCAUUAUCUUCUCGUUGAGAAGGAUGGAGAGGACAAGAACAGCGACUCAUCCCUUACACAGGAAACCAGCCUGGUAGCUG